AUGGAGCCGCCACCUUCAUAUUCCGAGUCUCAGGUAAACUAUGUCACCUUGACCAACACCAACCCACGAGAGCUUGACUACGAAGGAUGCACCCACCGUCAUGAGCUGCUCAUCACUAUUCAGGACACUCCGAAUCAGUUGCGGCCCGUGGCGUUGCACUAUUGGAACAUCACAGAGACUGGAGUUCUCUCUGAACAGCAUUUAUUAGUUCCGGGAAACCUGAGUCUACCGAGUUUGCAAUUAGUCAAAGACUUCCAAGAUUUAGGCACCAUUUCUCUACCAACUGAUGCUGUGGCUCAUUCAACGACAAUUCACCACUACAUAACUUCCAGAAUAUCCGAACUCAAGGAGCAGUUGAUUCCGAGCACAUCACACCAGGAUUUAAUUCCAACGCUUCUAGCACACCUACGACAAAAGCCUGUCUCCCAACCAUCCGAUAUUGUCCAGGUGGCCUCCGUCCCAGUAUACAGCAAUAGCCCUGAUAACCUGCUCGACGGCGGGCCAGCCAUAGUUUGGAAAUGGGUAAAGCCAAGCAGUGCCAGCCUGGUGGGUAGCGGAUUUUGGGAGCCUGAGUUGGAUCAAUGCCUAUAUGCGGGAGAGUGGUCAGCUGGAAACAAGUUAUCAAUCCUGAUGAAGGGCGUUUCGGAUGAGAGGAAGGAUGAGCUUAGGCGGAAGAGAGUCCUUACAGGUGCAUAA